UUUGCCAUACAAAAUCCAAUAGUUUGCCUUGUACCUCAAGAAGAGUAGCGAGUAUAAGCCUGUAUGGCCGUGUGUUUUCUCGCGCUCAACAAUAUUCGCCGGAAUUUCGUUACCUUUCGCGGCUCCAAAAAUCACGCAUUCGUACUCUUUAAAGACGGUUAAUGAAAUGUAAAAGACAGAUGUUAAACGAGAGGAGUAAAUAUAUGUAAGAAAAAAUUAGAAAAAAAACAAGGGAUUCGAAGAUGCUCGUAACGAGAUCCUGGUGCGUCGUUUUAGCAACGUUAAUCAAAUUUGUGCAAAAGUGCAACGAAACUACCGUGUAAAAGUUCCUUCUUGCUAUUGUUUUUUAUUAUUUUCGUUUUUUUUUAAAUUUUUUUUUUUUAUAAUAUAUCCGUUGCCGCCUCACCGGCCUGUCGCUACGGUGGCUACGUCGAUUACUCCGGGACGCGAAUAAACCGCGCGAUACGACACAAACUUUUCUUCUUUCUCAUUUCUUUCUUGCAUUCCCAUGGUAUUGUUAUUUCUCGAAGAAAAAUAAUAUAAAACACCAUUAUCUCUAACGGACAUUGGCGUUUUUUUCGUUGCUCGGUGUAAACGUGGAGCGAAGAAAUAGUGGUACAAGUGCAUCACGAGUGCAGACUAAAUAAACGAUCUAAGAAAACGCAUAAGAGAGAGAGAGAGAGAGAGAGAGAGAGAGAGAGACAAAAAACAAUAACACGAAGAAAACAAAGUGGUGAAAUUGAUUUUUUCGUUAUUUUAACGAGAGUUUUUCGGGCCCCGAUUGCAACGUUGAUAGAGAAGCACACAAGUUCUAUACGCUGUACACUCGCGUAUAUUCUCGUCGCUCCCCCCCUCCCACUCUCCUCCACCCCUUUUCCUCCUAUUUCUCGCGCGCCUCACUACUCCCGGGUCCCCCCUCCGCGCUCCCCCCUACCCCACUCCUUGUCACCUCUCUCGUCCACUCUCCGCCUCGCGUACCGCGAGGAGAAGACUCGAUCCUCUCUGGGUUGUGUAUAUUAUAGAUAGAUAUAUAUACGAGAGCGUGAACGACGCGAAUAUUCUCCUCAACCCGUACGUUUUGCCACUGGAACGCGCGCACGAUGCUCACCGUCUUUCUUAGCCGGUCGUUUCGCCUCGAGAUAACUCUACCCCAUAGGAUUUCCAAUGUGAUUUGAAAUGAAACGGGUCCGUGGGGUGGAAGAGGUAGGAUCGCCAGCAGGAGCAACGAUCAAGCAUACGUCACUGGGCGGAGGUGCCCUUGGCGGCGGAGGAUUAAGUUUGGAGUACCAUUCCAAUAGUGGAAUCGGAGAGGUCGUAACCACUGGUCAAUCAUUGAGACCAAUAACGUCCAAAGAAAUGCCAGGAAGCAUUCAGUUUGGGACGACCCAAACGCAGCAGCAAUACACCGGGGCUAUUGUGGUGCCAACCGCUGCACCAUCUUCGGUUAAGAUUGGCUUCAGUUCCACGUGUAGCGGUAGCAAUGCAGGCGCAAUACAUGGGAGUACAACUAGUCUAGGUGGUGGAGGUGGCCAUAGCCCUCAACAAUCUAUUCAAGUUGCCCAGGCACAGCCGAAUUCGCACACUCCACCAACAAUAAGGCACAAAGUGCACUCGAGCAAUGCGACGACCUUGGCACCAACGCCGCCAGGUAGUAGUUUGGGCGGUGGCAGUGGAUCCCAACAGUUUCAGAGACUGAAGGUCGAAGAUGCGCUCUCGUAUCUCGACGAGGUCAAACGCAAGUUCAAUGACCAGCCACAGGUCUACAAUGAUUUUCUGGAUAUCAUGAAGGAGUUCAAGUCCCAGAGCAUCGAUACGCCUGGUGUUAUAACAAGGGUCAGCCAUCUGUUCAAAGGUCAUCCCGAGUUGAUCGUUGGAUUCAAUACGUUUUUACCACCCGGUUAUAAAAUCGAGGUUCAAUCGAAUGAACAGGGCUAUGCUUUUCAAGUGUCCGUCAGUAUGCCCAGUCCUACGGCCACCCAUACUGCAACCUUGUCACAGCAUCAUUGCACGGUCAACGUCGGUUCACCACCGAUCGCCAGCCCACCGAGCCAACCGGCAAAAGCACCGCCGGUUCUCCAGAUCAUGCAAGGUUCCGGUCCCAUACAUCACUCGUUGGCAAAUAAUAUUUCCAACAACAGCCUUACGGUACAUGCGCCGUCACCGCCGCCCGUACAAACGUACAAUAAUUCGCACAUAAGCGCGGCGCAAGCGCAAGCUGUUAGCCAAGCACUGAGCCAGGCGCAGGACGGGGUGCAGAACAGCGGACAGACGCAACAGAGUCAGCCCGUCGAAUUCAAUCAUGCCAUCAACUACGUCAAUAAAAUUAAGAAUCGAUUCCAAGGUCAACCCGACAAGUACAAGCGUUUCCUGGAAAUUUUGCACACAUAUCAAAAGGAACAGCGGAGCUUGAAGGAAUCCGGUCACAUGGGCGGCGGGAGUGCAAGCAAUACCGCGGCCAGUGGUAAGCACUUGACCGAAGCUGAAGUUUAUAGUCAAGUUGCCAAAUUGUUCGAGAAUCAGGAAGAUUUGCUCGCUGAGUUCGGCCAAUUUCUUCCGGACGCGACGAACCAACAGAGCGCAUUGUCUGCUAUGUUCCAGGGCAACAAAGCUGGGGCGGUUAACGAUCAUACGGCGAUCGUUAAAAAACCGCUCGCUAUUACUAAAACUUCGUACAAUAAUACGAGCAACGUGCCGAGGGAGCAUCGAGAAUCGAGCAGCGGCGGUGGGGCUGGUGCCGUGGAGCGUGAUAACCGGGAUCAUCGUGAACGAGAACGCGAGAGACCGGGACCACGGGAUGUAAAUAGCGGUCAAAAAUUCAGUCAUAAUACCGGCCAAUUGAAGCGUAGUCCGUCGUUCUCGCCAUCUGUAACAACUGGAAAUUCGCAUCACGUUCAACACGGUCCACCACCACCGAAAAAGCACAAAGUCGCAGCUUCAGUUCGUGACGUGACGAUAGCCGAAGCCGCGAAAUACGGCAGUCUCAACGAUUACGCGUUCUUCGACAAAGUACGAAAAGCGUUAAGGUCGCAGGAAGUCUACGAAAAUUUCCUACGAUGUUUGGUCCUUUUCAAUCAAGAAAUAGUAUCGAAGAGCGAACUUAUACAAUUGGUAACACCGUUCCUCGGGCGAUUUCCCGAAUUAUUGCGUUGGUUCAAAGACUUUCUCGGGCAUUUGCCCGACCCCGCGUGUCUCGGUUCAACGACGAGCGUUCCCGGGAGCCUCGGUAUCGAGGCACUACCUAACAACGUGGUUCGCAGUCAUCAGGAGCGACCACAAGGUGAUCUUGCAAUGGAGAUCGAUUACACGACGUGCAAAAGACUCGGUGCUUCGUAUUGUGCAUUACCCAAAUCUUAUAUGCAACCUAAAUGUACUGGUAGGACUCAAUUGUGCAAAGAAGUGUUAAACGACACGUGGGUAUCAUUUCCAACCUGGUCGGAAGACAGUACUUUCGUGACAUCCCGUAAAACUCAGUACGAAGAGUUUAUUUAUCGUUGCGAAGACGAGCGGUUCGAGCUCGACGGUGUUAUCGAAACAAACGCCGCGACGAUCAGGGUGCUUGAGGGUGUACACAAAAAAAUGAGCCGCAUGAGCCAAGAAGAGCUGCAAAAGUUCAAGCUGGACGAUUGCCUCGGUGGCUGUUCUCCCACGAUUCAUCAACGUGCCCUCAAACGAAUUUAUGGCGACAAAGCCGCCGACAUUAUCGAUGGUCUUAAGAAAAAUCCUGUUGUAGCUGUCCCCGUUGUUCUACGAAGAUUAAAGAGUAAAGAGGAAGAAUGGCGGGAAGCCCAAAAAGGUUUCAACAAAAUCUGGCGGGAACAAAACGAAAAAUAUUAUCUCAAGUCGCUCGAUCAUCAGGGCAUCAACUUUAAGCAAACCGACGUCAAAGCACUGAGGUCGAAGAGCCUUUUCAAUGAAAUUGAAACUCUUUACGACGAGCGACAUGAACAGGUGGACGAUGCAGCUGGCGAAAGUCAGAGUAACGGUGGACCUCACCUUGUUCUUGCCUACAAGGACAAAUCCGUGCUCGACGAUGCCGCCAACCUUCUCAUACAUCACGUCAAGCGUCAAACCGUUAUACACAAAGAGGACAAGCAACGAAUAAAACUCCUUCUCAAACACUUUAUACCCGAUCUCUUUUUCCAUCCUCGUCAAGAGCUCAGCGACGACGAGCGGGAUGAGGAUGACGAAAAGGAAGACGCAGGAAUCACAACGUGUGGCAGCAACUUACAGACUGCCACGGCAACCGCAUCACCCCUCGGUCUUCAAGGCACGAGGAAUAAAACAUCACAGUCGGCAACAAACGCGGCCUGUGCUGUCAAAACCGAGAGCGAUAUUAAAGUUCCGGUUCACGCACUUUCCACCGACCCCGAAGAGGCUUACACCCUCUUCAUGGGCAGCAAUAAUUGGUACCUUUUUCUGAGGUUACAUCAAAUAUUGUGCGAAAGGUUGACUAAAAUGUACGAAAAAGCGGUCGCUCUCAGCGACGAAGAGUCACGGUAUAAACAACAACGGAAAGAAAGCACCGCAGUUGCUCUCAGGCUAAAGCCAAAAAGUGAGAUCGAGAUCGAAGACUACUAUCCCGCUUUUUUGGACAUGGUCAAAAACGUUUUAGACGGCAAUAUGGAAAGCACAGCGUACGAGGACACGUUACGGGAAAUGUUCGGUAUUCAUGCUUACGUUGCAUUCACCCUGGACAAAGUAGUGACGUACGCUGUUAGACAAUUACAACAUUUGGUAUGCGACCAAAUAUGCCAGCAGUGCAUGGAGUUAUUUCAACGUGAGCAAAGACAACUGAAAGAAAGUAGCGGUGCCGGUGGUUUGUGCGCGACGGCGUACAUGCGGAUCGGUGCCGAAAUGGCUUAUCAGAGAAAAGCGGAAAAAGCCAUGGCGGAGGAGAAUUGUUUCAAAAUAUAUAUAUACAAGAAAGAAUGUAAAAUGACGAUGGAGUUGUUGGACACUGAGGGUGAUGAGAACGUGGAGGGUUGUAGUGAAAGAGAGAGGGACGAGGUCGUGAAUGCAACGGAAAAAUGGUCGACUUAUGUCGAAAGAUUUUCGGCACCGGUCGCUCAGGCCAGUCCUAAGGAAACACCAACGUCGCCUGACAACGAGCCACCAACCACCAAUCAUCCUGUGAGUAGCGACCAGGCAGCAAGGGGGGGCAGGGGCAGAAAGCGCAAGAACACUGACAUUAACAAGAAGAUCGAUGGCAAUGGUUGGAGUUCGUUAGGGAGAAUCUUGGCAGGCCGGAAGCCCGUCUUCUUGUACAGAAACGUCAGACAGUGGAGAAAACGAGCGGCACAAAUUACGAGAACGAAUUUACCGGGUGCCGAAAAAAAUCCAGAGUUAACCGAUGCUGAAAAACGGGAAGAAACGGAAGUCGAAAACGUCGGUGCAAUACUCAAAAGGCCGCAGUCCUUGAGAAUCGCUGAAACUUCGGAAAACUCGGAAAUCAUCACGUCUGAUGAAACUCAAUGUACAUUCAACCCGAACAGCUACCACAUGCUUUACAUCGCGAGCAAAGAAGCUUUUCUGUACAAAAAAAAUUGCUUCACUCGAGCGAAAGCGUGUCAUCCAACGGUAACGAAAAAAUUGAACGCGAAAUUCCACGCGUGGUUGGGAAAGCGGGCAACGACGAACGUGACGGAAGCGCAGCACCGUUCCUACCAGGAUUGGCUAAUGGGAAAAUACGAGAACUUGAUACCGCACAGGACGCGAGUUUUGACCGACAACGAUCAGACCCGAACGCCGUACAGACAGUACAAUCGGUAUCGGGUGGAGAGUUUGCAGUCGGAAACGCAACAAAGUGCAACGUCGAGUGCGUAGCAUCGUGGCCUCGAGGAAAGACUCGGUUUUUAUAAAAUCGGUAAAAACUCGUGAAAACCGGUUCGGACAUUCGACGAGGCGGAAAUCUGAUGGAAAUGGUGCUCGUAUGCGUGCGUUACAAGUGUGUGUUCUCGAGAUGUGAUUGAGACCAAGAGCUCGAUCAUAAAGAAGCCUCCGCGAGCAUUCUCGCAUCUGAAAUUCUCAAAUUUGAACACUUUCAUCGUGUAGAAUACAAAGAAAUAAUACUUUAGAAUCGAGAGAAUAGAGCUCGAUUGAAUCGAGAUAUUUACAGUGCUCGUAGGUGGCUCUAAUUUGCAGCUAUGGAUCUGAGAUCAAAAGAACAAAAUCGAUGUUCGAGAGAGUUACAGUAUUCGAGAAUAACACAGAUAAAUUAAAUCGUCAACUCGCGAUUCCCGUUUAUCACGUUUUUUUUCUAUCGCUCGUUCGUCACUCCAGACCUUACUUUAUGUAUGUAAAUAUAUAAAUAUAUAUAUUUAUGUAUAACGUCCCUCGUUUAUCGCGCAAGUGGAAUUUUUGUACUUUUCUUUAAAGCUUUUCGAUUUGUUGUUUUUUUUCAGCGCCAAUUGGCCUUUCGCGUUUUUCUUCCCCCCUCUUUUUUGUCCUUUUUCCAUAUACGAUCUGUGAAUCUUGUUGGAUAUUACGGAGAGUUAUGUUUUUUUUUAUACAAAGGCGACCUUAGUUCUCCGUCGGGAACGAGUUUUAUUGUCCAGUAUUUUAACAUUUAUUUUUAAACUCCGAAUGCUCUAAAUAACGAAAAGUUAUUUAGAGAUCAAGUUGCGAAGCACGUUCAAUGAAUUUGAAUCGUAUUUCCCUCUGUUUACAAUGUUUUCUGCAACAAAUAAGAGCCUCGAAAAUAGUCACUGAUACACAAAAAUGCAACUCUGGCUUGAAGGCGAAAAUUUCACCGUCGAUUAUUUGUACGAACGAUUAAAAAAAAACGUCAAAAUUUGUAGUGGUGCGGAAAAAUUUGGAGACCCUGGGCCUGGAGUUGAGAAAAACGACGUUUUACUUCGCAUGUCACGUGUCCAAUUUUAAACGUCAAUUAAUGUGAAAGUUUCGAUGCUUUCGAUAGAAAAAUUCAUAAAAAAAUAUUCUCUUCGACAGAUUGAAAAAAAUGUAUUUUGUAUGAAAUAUAUAUUGACGAUUGAGUAUUUGAAAAAUGUGUUUAGUAUCUCGAGACACGAAGUAAAACCGAAAACGAUGAAAAGUCGAUAAAAUUGUCCUAGAAAAUUUCCUCGACGCGUUUUCACACAUGUCCAAAAAGUGCAUUUUAGUUUAUAGAUUUACGAAAGGUAAUUGCAUUUUAUACGGGGGAAAAAGCAUAUUCCAAUUAUCGUUUUUCUUUCGAGACCAACGAAAAAAAAACGUAGUUAAACAACAUGGAAAGUAUAUAUUUCGAUCGAUAGAGAGUUAUAGAGAUUUCGAUUGUUUUUUCUUCUUUUUUCCUUGAAACUGUAAUAUUGUAAAUUAUAUAAAUAUGUGAAUACGAAUGGGUCUUGAGUGCGUCAAUUUUUUUCCUCUUUUUCUUUUUUGAGUUGCUUGUUACGCUCCUGUUACUUCGAAUGUUUGUAGAUUCGGGCGAGUGAGAAAACGGACGCGCUCAGACGCACACUGAGCUCAAGCGAUAUUUCUUUUUUGUAUAUUCGAUUAAAAGUAAUUAUUAAAUGUAAUUCCACAAUGUGUACAAAUAAUUCAUACUUCACAGUAUAAAGGGUCAUUAAAUCUCCCCUGAACCCUCUCUUACCGUUUCGAUUUGCUCGAUACGAUCUGUACCGUAAAGCUACCAAGUUAUGACAAUGAUGAAACAUCCCAAAAAAUUCAAUUGCACUGAAAAAAAACAUCAUUUUGUAUAGUUAAAAUCGAUGCAUUUUUUGGUCAGUGCUUUCUCUUUUAUCGGGCUCGAGUUUUUUCUCGUUUUCACCCCGAAAAAUCCACAUCUAAAUCUAAGAAUGAAUAGAAGAAUAUAACGUUCGGCCGAUAGAUACGAUUUGACCGAAUACCUAUUUUUCGCACUAUAUACAUAAAUAUAUAUAUACAUAUAUUUCGUAUAUAUCGUUGUAAACAAUUAUACCACCAACAAAAUACAUGGACUCCACAUUUUGUAAAUCUA